GAUACCUAUUAUUUUUGACAGAUGUGUGUCGUCGUGUUGUGUGGCGUCCUGUCUAUUUAUCUUUAGAAUUUUAUUAUUAUUUACAGAUUUUUUACUCGAUCCUUUGUUUAGAAAUGUGUUAAAGUGUAACAUAAGCGUAGCGUAGUUAUAUUUAGUAAUUAUUGUUAGGAGAUUCUUAAAGGAGAAAGCAGUGUUUGGAAAUAUGGAUCGUAAUAAUAUGAGGGCUUACAAUUCCAGAUCGAGCUACGUGAGCAGCGGCCCCCGCUCGCUGCCGCACAUGGGCGGCGGCAAGCGGCACAACGGCAACGGCCACUCCGCGCGCCUCAGCCCGCCCGCGCAGGCGCCGCCGCCGCACUCCAACACCAACCAGCAUGAUGAUCUCAUCAACUAUAUCUAUGAUUCCUGGAAUACGGUGACCCGUGAGCUAGAACGCGGCAGCGACGAAGCCAAAUACUAUCAAGAAGUGAUCACACCCCGCCAGCUCGCGAACUUCAGACCAUUCAACCUUGAAGAGUGGUGGGCGCGCCGCCUGCUCCAGAUCAUAAACCGCAACAAGCACCGGUCUUAGUUCCACAAACACGUUCGUGAACGACUUGACCACUGUGCCCAUUGAACGAGGUUUAAUUUUAAAUUGAAAUUCGUUUGUAGUUUGUUUUUAAGGCCGUUUUGAAUAUUACCAGCCUGUUAUGUAUAAGCUACAGGGCAAAGGCCUUUUACGAAGUGUUUAAGCCAUUACAGUUCUGUUGUAAAAGAGAUCUUAUCUGUUAUUUGAACAAUAUUCGAUUUUUUUUAUUUGACUUUGGAACAAUUUGAAUGGACAUCACCUUAUUAUGUCCUUGUUCCAUUACUUGAUAAUCAGAUAUAAUAAAUAGGACCCGAUAGAUCAGGGGUUGUAAGUUUUUAGCACUGAUAUACAUAUAUCCAGCAUUUAGUUGGCAUUUAAGUGCAUUUGUACAAUCGAAAAUUAAGUUAGGAUAUGUAAGGUGUGAAUUGAGAGUAGUCGGCAAUAAUCAUGUUUUAAUAAUCUCUAGAAUUUCAUCUACUCAGUCAAGUCUAUGAAAAAAUUUAAAAUUACUUCUCUUAAAAGUAAGUAGAGUCUUUUUAUAAGAAGAGUGCAGUUAUUGAAAGCAGUGGGUAUAGUAGCAAGUCAUUCAUAAACAAUGUAGUGUCUCAUUGUAUAUUUUACAUUCGACUCGUUUAAAGAGUUCAGAAGUAUAUUGAAAACAGAUUGUUAUGUUAACAACUACUAAACAUUUGGACUGAAUGUGGAAUACCUUUGCUUAUCUGAUCACAACAGUCAAUAGGCUAUGGAAAAAAAACAAUUGAUAGUCACUAUGACAUAUUGUAGUCUAUACUAUAGUCUGUGGUCUGUGGCCAUUGGUUUAAUUUAGUCAGUCCAAUUGUCUUAAUUUCACAUCACAUAGAUUUGACUUCUUAUUCAGAGUAUUAGAAUCAGUUAGAAAACAUAAUUAAUAUUAGAAGAUAGAGCACAGAGCUAUAAUUAUCUUGUGCGUAGAAUGAAAAAAAAAAGUUUUUGAAGAUAAUAAUCAGAUUUUUGUUAUAGUUAGAAGUUGAAAUUAAUUUUGCCGUGUCAAAGCUAAGUCUUUACACAUUAUUCGAUCUAUAAAAAUAUCUGACGUAGGAUUUAGCUUUUCAGGACUAAACAUAGCGGACAUAUGAAUAUUAGAUUUUCAAAUUAUUACAUUCUCUGUCAAUGGAUCUUACUAUGUAUGGCGCGGGGGGCCUAUGUCCAUCUCUUAAAGAGUGUCGCUAUUAGUUAUUAUGAAAGUGAGAAGCCACAAUUUGCUUGAAGUGAUGGUGUUAGUCCCUCUUAAUUAGAGUUCUAUCCUGAUUUUAGACUAGAGUAUCAACUCGAAUUUUAGACUGUCUUAAAAAAUAAUUGCGUGAGACAUUACUACCCAGAGAUUAUACUUACAAUUGUUGGUUUCCCUUCAUUAUGUUAACUUUCUUCUACAACCGCACGGGUAGCUAUUCAUAUUCUAUGGCAGUUAACAUUGAAGUCUUUAAUAAUGUAUUUAAUAUAGACCUUUCUGUUUAAUCAUUCAACAUAACAUUAAACUAUGAGUGAGUAUGUCGGAUUAACGAACGAAUGGAAACCAAUUUUAUAAACAAAUAACAUUUUACAUAAAGAAGUACAUUUUAAUCGCGUUUGUUAUAAAUUGUGAUAUAAAUUAUUUGUAUAACUUCGUAAAAGCAAUAAUUAAAGUUGACAUGAAGGCGGGAAACGUUUUUAAGAUGUUUUUCAGACGUAGUUAUCAUAGGUAAUGUAAAUAAGUUAGUAUGAAUUUCUAUUUUUAUUUAAUAAUUGUAAGUAAAUGUGUCAUUGCGAAUUAGAAUUGGCUAGUUAUUGUGUUUAAUUCAUGACCUGUUGAUUUGGUUCGUAGGUACUGAUGUGAGCUAGUUAUAGACCCUUUUUUGUAUACAAGGCAAUGCAAACCUUCUAUAUCCCAUGACUAUUCUCCAAAUGACUAUGGACUAUCUACAUAUAUAUUGAAAGAGGUUUUGUGAAAUUCGUCUGGGAGUACAGCCGUUGGGUAUUUCGUAAGCUUAGCCUCAUGUACAAAAAGUUUAUAGGACAUAUUCAAUAUUUAUGAGUUUAUAUAAUACUCAAACUCGCAUCAGUUCUACCGGACCCUAGCUUUUAGUUUGACCUGUAUAUUUGUGUACACGUACAAUCAUAGUUUUUCUGUUGAUAAUACCAUGGAGCUGCCUACAGCUAUCCAUUAUGUACAAUCGUUGUUUUAUGACGUCAUCAUACAGUAUAAAGUUAGAUUACCCUCAGAUACAGUUGGUUCGUUAAUUCUGUUUGUAACCUGCGGCCAUGACUCUGAUGCAGUAAAUACAUUCCAUUCACGCCUGUACUUAGCGUUCGAAACUAUUGUAAAUACGUUUUAAGUGACGCAGUGCUGACAGAAUUAUGGAUUUGAAUAAAUUUUUUUUAAUAUAAA